AUGUCAUCUCUUUCAAUUUUCUUGACAGGAAGUCCAAGAACUGGCAAGACAACACUAAUUAAAAAAAUAGUCAAUAAUCUUCAAAGAAAAUAUCCACCAACAAAACUCUUUAUUCAGGGUUUUUACACAGAGGAAGUGGUUUCUCCGUCGUCGUCAUCGCCACGAAAAAGAAUCGGGUUCGAUUUAAUUACAAUAAAUUCAAUAGAAACAGGAUCUCGUGAAAUUCUUGCCAGAAAAGAAAAAAAUUGGCCUCCAAAUUAUAAUAUUCCUCAAGAUGCGCCCCGCGUCGGUGAAUACAUUGUAGACACAACUCAUUGGCCAAAUUUAGCAAUUUCUUCGAUUACGCCUGGAAAUGAAUCACAUCAACAAAAUCCAUCAAAGAGAAUAAUUGUAAUUGAUGAGAUUGGGAAAAUGGAAAGUUUCUCCGAUGAAUUUAUUCAUGUGGCGGAACAAGUGAUAUUUGGAGAAAAUGAUAAAAGAAACUACAUGUACAUGUAUUGCGUUCUAGGUACAGUGUCAUUACGUGAUUGUAGCGCGUUGGAUAUCUCUAUUAAGAGGAAGGCGGGUUUUCGAUUGAGGAAUCAUGAAGAUGAUGUGAAUAAACCUAUCAGAGUAAUUGAAGUCACUAGAGAAAAUAGAGAUUUAUUGGAAAGUAAAGUAGUGAAAGAACUUGAAUCAAUCUUGUGUCUGAAUUAG